AUGAUGACUUCGAUGCUGCCCAGCUUUAACCCGCCUAUCGUCAAGCGGCUGCUGGGCUGGAAGAAGGCCGAGAGCGAGGACAAAUGGAGCGAGAAGGCCGUUAAGAGCCUGGUGAAGAAGCUCAAGAAGUCCGCGGGCCUCGAGGAGCUCGAGAAGGCCAUCACGACGCAGAGCUGCAAUACCAAGUGCAUCACUAUAAAAAGGCCUAGCCCAGGAGGUGUCGGCGACAACGGCGUUCAAGGUGUUCGCGGCAAGGGUCUGCCGCACGUGAUUUACUGCCGACUCUGGCGUUGGCCGGACCUACAGUCGCACCACGAGCUGAGGGCGAUCGAGCACUGCGAGUACGCCUUCACCCAGAAGCGCGACGAGGUCUGCGUGAAUCCUUACCAUUAUCAACGAAUACAAACGCCAGGUACGCGAGGGCAGACAGUUUUGCCAGCCAUUCUCGUGCCACGGCACAACCUAGCUAGCGACGAGAACACCGUCCUCUACAACACCUCCCUCGAGGAGCUCAGCGUCAGCGUGCCGGAGAACACGAGCUUCCACGCGACGUUGAAUCACCAGCACAAUCAGCAGCAGGGCAUACCGCAGUCCCCGCAGCAACAACAGCAGCAACAACCAAAUAAUCCGUACCAAGGAAUGCAGAGCAUGCAGGCAACGAGUCCGGCAAGCGUCGGGAGCUUGGGAAGCGUGCAGGGCUCGCCUCAUCCCGCUCCGGGAUCCAUGGAUCCGCCGGCAGAUACGCCGCCGCCGGGCUACAUCAGCGAGGAUGGCGACAAUAUGGACCACAACGAUAACAUGUCCCUGUCACGCUUGUCACCCAGUCCUGUAGACGCGCAGCCGGUUAUGUAUUGCGAGCCCGCAUUUUGGUGUUCAAUUAGUUAUUACGAGCUAAAUACGAGAGUGGGCGAGACGUUUCACGCGUCGCAGCCGAGUAUAACCGUGGAUGGUUUCACUGAUCCAAGCAACUCGGAGCGUUUCUGCCUCGGGUUGCUGUCCAAUGUAAAUCGCAACACGGUAGUCGAGCAGACCAGGCGACACAUCGGCAAAGGUGUUAGGUUGUACUACAUCGGUGGUGAAGUGUUCGCCGAAUGUCUAUCUGAUUCGAGUAUCUUCGUACAAAGUCCAAAUUGCAAUCAGCGUUAUGGCUGGCAUCCGGCUACCGUUUGCAAAAUACCGCCAGGAUGUAAUCUGAAGAUCUUCAACAACCAAGAAUUCGCGGCGUUGCUGUCGCAGUCAGUGUCGCAGGGUUUCGAAGCAGUGUACCAGCUGACGCGUAUGUGCACGAUCCGAAUGAGCUUCGUGAAGGGCUGGGGCGCGGAAUAUCGCCGGCAGACAGUCACCUCAACUCCCUGCUGGAUCGAGCUGCAUUUAAACGGACCGUUGCAGUGGCUCGACAGAGUACUCACGCAGAUGGGCUCGCCCCGCCUACCCUGUUCCUCGAUGUCCUAAAUUUUAUCAACCUCCAUCCGUUCGUUCAUGAGAGAAGAACACAUGAGAAUAUCUUUUCUGUGCUAUCGUCGUCGAUUGAUCGAUCCAUUCAUUUCUUCUAUUUCGUUUCGUCGCAUACGGUAUGUGAAAGUUGAAUUCAACUUCGUUGUUCAGAUUUUCCUCGAACGAACGUUGCUCAGUGAUGCGUGCAAGAAGAAGAAGAAGAAGAACAUAUGAUCUUUACACUCGAAAAUGCAGUUAGUAGUUGAAAGAAUCAAGGCUCAGACACAACGAUACCAAGUUUUUUUCGCGCUGAUAUCGCGUUUUUCUCGAAUUGUCGCGCGAUCAAUCACGAAGCAAUCACGAUGUGUGAAAUACGCAGACGAAAGGAUGUGAAAUUGAAACGGCAUUCGCACAACAGUUGAAUAUCAUAGUAGAUAUAUUAAAGCUUGAUGUCCUAUUACGGUUUGUUGUGAUUGAAGAGAAGAGACACGGUGAUGCGCAAGGACGCGAAUAAGAUACACGGAGCUUCGCCUCGACGCACUUAUAUCGUGCGCAUGUGCACCGCAAUUGGCGUACAAGAUAUAUCCAGGGUGAUCAUAAUCCGAGUUUAGUCGAUUCGCAAAUAAGAAGCAAAAAGAAAAUGAGAGAGAGAGAGAGAGAGAGAGAGAGAUAUUUAUAUAUAUUAU